CGCCCUCUCACCAGCGCCGUCGCCGUCCCUUGAGUCUUCUGCCUAUUUAGAUGGAGGGAUCAGCCGGCAGAUCAACGAGCACGGAGACGCAGGCGCCCAAGGAAUCAGAGACGUUGGCACCGAUGGGUCGGGAUGGUAGCCACGAGGAGCAGGUGACGCGGAGUGACUCUGAAUUCAAAUCAGAGGUGGGGGCAGAGUCAGUGAAGUGUUCGGAUACCAACGAGGGGAUGUCCAUGGUCAAAUCAGACAAGUUGAUACUCGAACCUGCAGAGCCCAGCACCACCAAUGCAAUGACCAGAUUGGAACAGUACUCCGUCCAAGAUGACACCGAUCAUGACAAGAUGGACAUAGGCAAAUCAGGCACACUAUUGACCAUGGAGGCCAAGGAGAAGGCCGCUGAGGAGAUGGCUCACGAGGCCGAGAUGUUCGCUUGGUACAUUGAGGGUUGGGAAUCGGAAUGGGGUAAAACCUGCGGUUCCUUCACAGACCAAACGGUGCUGAGUUCCACGUGUUUUGUACACUACACACCUGGACGCAUGCCACAGAUUCGUAGAGGGUCUACCCCGGACACCUUGCAGGUCUUCUCCAUCAAGCUUGCAGAAAUAACCGGUGGCCUCCGAUGGCCAUUGUCUGUGUACGGCGUGGUCGCCGCCCGAGACACCGUGGAUCACAACCGCAAUCUUAUCUUCUCUUGCGAUAGGAGCCAUGCCCAAGAACUGAAACAAGAUGAUCCUUUUUUGCACUUGAUUGGCCCGUCCCGUGCAAUUGUGUUUGAGGACAUGCUCGACUUCGAAAUCCAAUUAAAAGUGAAAGGUACAACCCAGUCUGAAGAUGAAGCACUGAUCAGACAUGUAUGCAGUUACGCGGGAGGAGGAUAUGGUCCUGGUGUAACUAUUGAGAACUGUUUCUGCUCGCUGGAGUUAUGCCUGCAGCGAGUUACUCGAUCGGUCCAGGCCACUAUUGUGAGUGUCCAGGUUGUGAAAGGGUCAUGGCCCUUUGAAUAUGGCGGACGAGUUGCUUGCUACUCGCUGUCAGGAGAAUUUGUGCCCACGGAUAGGGGAGUUGUCCGUGCUAUUGAUCCCUCGUCCAGCCAAAUUGUGCUGCAUGAUUCAAAAGAUGGAGCGGAACUGAAAGGUUUCCAUGGUUAUGUGCAUCUUUCGAGGCGGGUUGUUUCGGUAGGAAUUAGAGGAAUGUUGGAUGUUGAGAUACAAGCCUAUUCCAAAUCUGGUGAUACCGCUACACGAGGUCAUGUCAGUUUCCUGCCCAAACUUUGCAACAUAAGCCAUGAGAAAUGUGACCUAGAUGGCGCUGAGGUAGUGGUUACUGUUGCUUGGUCUCUUGUCCCUACGGACAAGCGGGACAUCAUGGCAGAGGGAUGGAGCGGCGCGAAGGUUAUUUGAAGCUUGCGGGUGGAAGAUCAAUAGUGGGGAAGGCAAAAAGGAGUGGCAAAAUUAAGAGAACACCAACUGAUUUCCAUGUAGUUUAUUGGAGUUUGAUAUAAUUUAUGUACUCCCUCCUUUUUUGUUUACUCUGUAUAUUAGUUUUACCUUAACUCAAACUUUGUAAAUUUUGAUCAAGUUUAUUAUUGAAAAUAUAUU